AGCUGCAGCAAUAAACAGCUGAAGUAAAGGCAGGAAGAGGAAAUCGAGUUCCGUUUUUGUUCCCAAUAGAAAGAUGAAAACUUACGAAAGCCGUAAGAAAUUGAUACUAAAUUUAUCUAAAGAACCUGAAAAACGAACUUUCAAUUUAAAUGUUUCCCUGGAAAAUUUUAUCGAUGAACAAAAUAUCCAAAGAAAACCAGGGACUAAAAGAAAAAGAGAGCAAUUAAAUGGCAAUGAAGAAACGUUAGGAACUCCAAAGUGUCCUUUGACUUUGGGAAAGCAAAAUGAAGUAAACCGAAAUCUGUUGAGGGAAUUUGUCUUCAUAGAUGAAGCUUCUAAUAGAGCUUCUUUGGCGAGUACUCCUAAACAGAGUUCAUCCAUACUAGAAAAGACUGCAAUUUGGAACCAGAUGGGUGAGUGUAUUUGGCCUAGUCCCAUUGAAAGUGCAAGUGCCGAAAUUGUAUCGACCAAAUACACAUCGCAUGACCACCAACGAGUGGCGUUAAGGGAAAUAAACGACUUGAACAAGCACGAACAAUCUGAAAAAUCAAAAAUAUGCACAAGCUCUUUGGACGAUCAUCAGAAUGGGUAUAAAGUUCCUCGGAUUUUUCGUGAAAGCAAAAUGGAAGAGGCUCCGAAUUUCAGGAAUACUUCGACGACAACACCAUGUAACAAAAUUGAUACAGACAUAAUUAAACAAGAACAAGAAACAACAGAUUCAAUAGUUAAGGUAGUGAAUUUGGAUCCUAAACAGGAUGAUAAAGAGCAACGAUCAUCUAUGUCACAUAAUCGAGUGAAUAAAAUUGUUACAAGUGAGCAAAGAGAUGAGAGUAUCGACUAUAAACAAGGAGAAGAUACAGGAAAGCAAAGAAGUGGAUAUUCAUAUUUAACCAGAAGCAAAUCUCUCCUGUAUCAAAAUAAGAAUUCGGACAUUAAGAGUAUUUCAAAAAAUAGAAAUUCAUACAAUUUUUCUACAAACUUCAGAGUGAAGAGGCAAAAUCCUAAGAGAUUACAGAAUACACAAGAUAGGAAAUUGCGAAGAGAUUCUCAUAUUUUAACAGAAUCUCUGAAAAGAACAAAAUUUUGGAGUGGGAAAAACUUAAAUAAGAAAUUAUCGGAUCUGACAAAUUUGGAAAUCGUGUUAAGUGUUUUGGAUAAUACCGUUCAAGAAAUUAGUAAAGGGGAAACCGAUAAGAGCGUCGACGAGGCGUUGCAGUUAGUUCGAACACAACUGUGGCAAUCCAUGACAGAAAUGAAUGAAAAAGUGAUAAAUUUAACAGAAAAGAAGAGACAGGUAUCGAAACUAGCCAGAAUAGUGAAGGAAUUGGCCACGAAUCUCGAUCAGAUCGUCGAACAGAAAACAAAAUUGAAAAAAGAUUUAUUCAAAAUGAGCGAAAAGAUAAAUAAACUGCAAAGCACCAACGAAUUUAAAUGGGCAAACAAUUCGAAAGACGAAGAUUCUUAGACAUAAAACACAAAUUAAGAAUAAACAAGAGUUUAAGUUGUUUAUUUUCCGAUCUUUUGGUAUAAUAACUUGUUUAUCUGGAUUUUAUAUAAGGAAAACAUAAAUAUUAUAGAUAAAUUUUACUUAAAAACAUCUAAGUUUGAUAGGAUAUAAAGAAGAGCGUGUGAAACGAAACUGAUCCUAAAUUAUAUAACAACCACAUAGGAAUUUCAGUUUCCAUAGAUGAAAAAUAUUCAUUUUAAUUACGUUAUUCAAAAUUGUGAACUAAUUGUUUAAUAUAUUGAUCAUUUAAGUUAUUUAUUGUAUCAUGUAUUAAGUUUAUAAAGAAUAGUUAGUGUAUUGUAAUACGUAGAUCUGUGUUUUGAUGAAUAAAUUUUAGAGAACACGUGGAUUAGCAUAGGCUAAUAUAGCCUAUUUGUGAACUGUAUCUGCACAUGUUCCAUGCCAUUUUAAUCCUCCUGAGGAAGUCGUGGCUGCAAUCGGUACACUUAAACACAUUUAACACUAUUCGUUUAUCCGAGCUCCUCGGCAGUUCUCCUUGUCGAUGCUUAAUUGUAUUUACAUUUUUUGUAAUUUGAGGAUACACAAAGUUUGGAGUAACUAUAAUUAUUGCAAUGGACAACAAAACCAACACAUUAUAAUGCGCAUUACCUGAAAAGUUUAUUUUUAAUGAUUCAGAAUGUUCAAAUAUUCAUUAUAAACACCAAUUUAACAAAUAGGAAAUACUGUAACUACAUUUAUAAUCAUUGCUAAGUGACCAAUACAGUAUUUCAUUAAUGAUUUUAUAAAUAACAAAGAACUAUUUUCUGUGAGCCAAUGACAUGCAAUGCAGUUUCUAAUUGAUGGAGGUGGGUUUAACCAAGUUAAAAUAAAAGUUAAUAUACUUGUUGUUCUUUCAAAUAUAUAAUAUAUAUCUUAUUUACCCAAAUGUAAGGUGUACUCCUACUCCGAAUCUUUUUCCAAAUGAAAGAAAAUACUCAAAUAUGCUUGAAACUAAUAAUUCCCUUGUUCUUUGUAAAACAACACUUGUUGCUAGUAUCAUGAUACAAGUUCAUUAAGCAAUUGAGUCUUAAAAUCAGGAUGCAA